AACAUGCGCUUGUGUUAAGCAGCAGUCCGUGUCAUACUGGGACUCCUUCCAGUUCCAAAGCAUUACACGGCAUUUUGUCAGAGGUUUGUACAAGUGACUCCUCAAAUACCAGAAUGCGAGUCAUGUAUAGCUGAGGAACAGACGUAGCAUUAGAGUAAAAGAGAGUUAGACGCAGGGUGGGAAAAACGGGAAAUUAGAAAGCAGAGGGAAGAAAAAGCAGAUGCACUUUUUAGAAAUAUGAGGUAAAACAAAGCUGGUCCUAAACUGGAAAGCAAUAAUUUUUGCUGAUUGUCGUUGUGUUUUAAAGGCUCAUGUGACUCAUCAAGUGACAGUGGUUCCACCAUGGGCCUGAGUUCAACACUGGGAAGCUUUCUGUUUUUCCUUGGGUUAUGUGGGAUCUGUGCAGGAUUUGUACAAGAGAACUGUACAGACUACAAGCUCCAGUUCGAGAGGGUUUUCUCUGUUCCUGGAGAUGUGGCUAUGCUAAAUAGCACACUGGUCUCCCCAGAAGUCUUCAACUUCACAACUGCCCCAUACAACAUCACCUGGUACAACUCGACAACAGAAGAAGAAAUGAAAAACAAAACUGGUCAAAUCUUGGUGUACGGAGAGACCUUGUGGUUUCUUAACGUAACCUUGGACGACGAUGGGGAAUAUGUGGCCGUAGUGAGAACUCCCUCUAAGUGCUACAUGCAGGCCACCAAGCUGGUAGUGGAUCUGCCAAUUCCUGGAGAGUGUGGGAGGCCACAGAGAGCUGUUCAACCACUAACAAAUGGAGCUUCUGACACCCUGCACUGUCCUCUGGGGGACUAUAUCGAUAAACUUGACAGUUACAACAUUCCCUCCUCUAUCCAGUGGUACAGAGGCUGUGAUCCCAUAGUGGAUGGGAUAGAUGAGUAUAUCUACAGGGAUAAGACCAAGCUGGCGAUUACCGAGGUGGGACCUCAAAACAAUUGCCUCCAUACCUGCACUUUGACUUUCACCCUUGGUGGCGUUAUGAGGUCUGUGUCAGAGACCAUUAAUGCAGAAGUCAAAGAUUUUCAUUUGGCUCCACAAGUGCAUGAACCAGCCAAUGAAAUAAUCAAGGCACCGAUGGGCUCCAAAUUCAGCAAGAGGUGCCUUGUGUUUGUUCCGGGUGUUGAGAGCCCCUUCAUUGAUGUCUUGUGGAUGGCUAGAGGUGAAUUUAUUUUCACCACCCUCCCCUCGGAUCGCGUCUACACAUCAGAACCACGAAUAUGGAGCCAGGAUGAUCAUAUUAAAGGUACAUGGAUAGAGCGGAUGUUGAUGUUUUCUGAGCUGAAAAAGGAGGACUUCAACAUCAGCUACACCUGUACAGUGCACAGUUCGCGGGGCAUUCCUAAGGGACAUUUUACUCUGCUGCAAGCAGAUCCAAACAUCAUACUACCUAUUGGACUGGUGCUUGGUGGUGUGAUGAUUCUCUUUAUCAUCAGUGUCAUCGUCUACUAUAUCUUUAAGAUUGACAUUGUGCUGUGGUUCAGGAAGGCAUUUCCAAUCCUCUAUACAAAUAAAGACCUGGAUGGGAAAUUAUAUGAUGCCUAUGUGGCGUACCCACAGCCCUACGACUUUGGAUUCAGCAACGAAGUGGAGACAUUUGCCCUUCACACGCUGCCUCAAGUGUUGGAAAAGGCCUGCGACUACAAGCUCUUCAUAGCGGACCGUGACUGUCUGCCUGGGCAGGUCACGGUGGACUCGGUGGAAGAAAACAUACAAGCCAGUCGCCGCCUCCUCCUUCUCUACACUGCCUCCACUUUCAUCAGAAAAAGACACACAUGCAGCACCAGCAGUAACAAUAACAACAUUUCUAAAAGCAGUGAUAUCAGCGAUAAAAGUGAAAUCAAGACAAGUGAAACCAGUGACAGCGUGACAUGUGACUGUAGUGAUAAAUCCUAUCCAGACACGAGGCAGCAGUUCGAGUGUGUGGCAGCUUUGCACAGGGCACUCCUGGAAGGAUCUCUUAAGGUGGUUCUGGUUGAGUUGGAGGAGAUCACCCCAGCUCAACUGGCUCUAUUCCCAGAGUCAGUCCGUCACCUGAGGAAGAAGCAGGGUGCUGUGUGUUGGUGGAAGAACCUGAGGACGAGGCAAAGGUGGAGGACAUGUAUGAGCAGGAAAGAAGAUGAGGAAAAGGGUGGAAAGGACUCACAGUGGUCACCCUCCCUCUCCCCUUCCUCCACGUUUUGGAAGGAAGUGAGAUAUCAUAUGCCAAUCAGGGGCAAGAGGGUGGUGUAUCCUGAGAAAACUGCCCUGCUAAGCUUAUGAUGGAGUAUGUGUGUGUGUCAAAUGCUGAACCAAAGCUGAACUGGUUUCUAAUGCAGAUGUGUGAGGUUGUGAAUCUCCUCAUACAGAGACAAUUCAGGAAUACUGUGUUGUUACUAGAAGUGAUGAGGUACACACUCCAAAUCAAGACAACACAAUUACAACCAAAGGUACUCCUGCUAGAAAUGUCACCUCAGUGGGUACAUUUUGAGUUUACCUUCUAAUUGUGUAACCUUCCAUGUAGCGCAUUUCUGAUUUUUUUUUUUUAAAGUAUGGCAUGUGCUGAAAUCAUAGUAACUGAUCAGAUCUUUAGAGUCUGUUCCAUCCAUAGUUGACCUGCACUAGUUUAUGAACUUGACAUCCUCUGACAGAUGUAGACUGAAGGAUCAUGUCAAACAAAGAAGACCUGAACAAACCAAGUGGAUCAGAAAGCACUGAAAAAAUGUACAUAUGUAAGACUAAAGUGUAAAUAUGUAAAAAGUAUAUAUACACAUUUCUACAGCUUCAUAAAAUGUCACAGAGUGAACUGUGAACUUGUUAUUACAUGUUCUGCCAUUCAUUUACUGGUAAUGAACCACAGAAAAGGAACUGCAAAGAACCGCAGAGAAAAAGGGAUGUAUACUUUUCUGAAAAAUACAUAAACGUAUGUAUGUUAUUUAUACAGGCUGUGUCUUGCAACCAGAAAGCACAAGAAUUAAGUUAAAUGCUGAAAAAAGAUAAAAAAUUGGUGUCCGUUUGAGUUUGUUCUUAGAAGCAUGCAAAUUCUGAAAACCAGCACUGACUGCAGCCUGCCAGAGAACACAAACUGUCCGCCACACACUUUAUGUCCAAUGGUAGAAGAAACACAGGAUCAAAAUUCAGAAGUGAAACAAGAUUCAUGAUGUGUUAACAGUCAUUGUUAAGCUCAGUUUCAUUAAUAAAAUUUGCAGACAAAAACAAA